AUGUCGACCAAGAAUUUUGUUUCCAUUUACGCAGCAUUCCUAACAACUCUUCUAAUCUCUCCCAUCGUCAUUUCAGACGACGCGACCCCUAUUCCAGCAGAUGCAGCACAAUUGAGCGGCUGGUUUACCGCCAAUGUCAAGCCAUUAGCGGACCGGAAGGCAACCUUAGACCCUGCUUUGGAUGCAGCGGAGGCUGGCGCUAAGGUCAUUAAGGUUGGCAAAACCGGUGGGGAAUUCAAGACUAUAACUGAAGCCAUCAAUAGCAUUCCUUCUGGGAACACAAAGCGUGUAAUUAUCUCACUUGGACCUGGAGAGUACCAAGAGAAGGUCAAAAUUGAACGUACCAAGCCCUUUGUUACAUUGUACGGUGCACCCAGUGACAUGCCAACCAUCGUUUUCGGCGGCACGGCGGCUGAAUAUGGAACUGUCGAUAGCGCUACCUUGAUUGUCGAGUCUGAUUACUUUGUCGCUGCAAAUAUCAUUGUUAAGAAUUCUGCGCCAAGGCCGGACGGGGAGAGAAAGGGAGCACAGGCGGUGGCUGCGAGGAUCUCAGGAGACAAAUCAGCUUUGUAUAAUUGCAAACUCAUCGGAUUCCAGGACACACUGUGUGAUGACAAGGGCCUUCAUUUCUUCAAGGACUGUUUCAUUACCGGAACCGUUGAUUUCAUCUUCGGAAAUGCCAAGUCCCUCUAUUUGAACACAGAGAUAAAUGUCAUACCAGAGGAAGGAUUUACUGUGAUAACAGCACACGCAAGACAGGGCAAUUCAGAAGAUACUGGAUAUUCAUUUGUACACUGCAAAGUAACAGGAGCUGGGAAGGGAGCCUACUUGGGAAGAGCAUGGAUGCCUAAUCCCAAAGUCAUUUUUGCCUUCAGUGACUUGGGCAGCGCCGUCGCUCCUGAGGGAUGGAGUGAUAAUUUCAAACCAGAACGUGCCAAUACGGCUUUCUUUGGGGAAUACCAGUGCAAGGGAACAGGAGCCAACCCCGCUGCAAGGGCCAAGUUCACCAAGCAACUCGCACCUCCUCAAGCCAACGAGUUCAUCUCCCUUGCUUUCAUUCAGGGCUCCAAAUGGCUUCUUCCUCCACCCAAGGUGUAAAUACAUCAUCACAAACUUGGCUGCACGCAGCAGCAAAGCGUGCAAGUUUUUUCUGUUCUUUUUGGUUCCAAAUGUUGUUAAGGCUCCCUGCUACUAGUAGCUAGAGAAGUGAUAUGAGAUUGUAGUAUAUGUAUCGGAAUAAUGUAUUUGCUGAUCAACGUUGUUGAUGUA